AUGGGAAAUAAAUCAACACGUGAAAUUAGAGAAAAGAUUGAACAAUUCAAAGAAGAUUCUGAAAAAAAAGAUAUAGAAUGGACUAUCCAUAAUUAAGAUGAAGUUUAUGAACAAAUGUUAAUAUUAUCAAGAUACUUCUCAUUAUAAAAACUUCAAUUAAAUUUUAUUGAUCCCAACAUAGGUGAUAUCACACCACUCAAAGAUGCAAUAUAAGGAAGUGAAAUCUUUGAAGUACUCAAAAUAUAAGCAUAGUAUUAAUAUAAUUAUAUUUUAGAAAUACAAAAAUAAAUGAUGCAAAUAUUAUACCAUCACAUAUUACAACAUUAAAUAGAUUUCAUUUAGAUUUAUCUAAUACUUAAAUUACUGAUGUUUCAAAUGUAAUACAAGUUUUAAAUUAAAAUAUUCAAUUAGAAUCAAUAUAUAUGAAUUUCAAUAAUACUCAUAUAACAUCCAUUAAAUUAUUCGAUGUUCAUUUAUUUACUUAACUAAAAUCUUUAACUCUAUUUACAGGGUAAUAUAUUAAUAUAUAAUAUUUAGACAUACAUAAAUAAAUAAUAUAGAGCAAUUUACACUUAAUGUUUCAAAACUUAUGAAUUUAGAAGAAUUACAUUUGAAUUUUUCAGGAACUUAAAUUACUGAUUUGGCAUCACUUGGAUCUUGCAUUAGAAAAUUAAAUAAAUUACUUUAAUUGACUAUCAAAUUAGAUAAUUUAUAAUUAGAUAACAUUUUUGAUUUAAUGUAAGGAAUAAGUUUUUGUAUUAAUUUAUGUCAUUUAACUUUAACUUUUAAUAAUACAAAUCUAAAUAAUAUAGAUUAAUUAGGAGAUCUAUUAAAAUAAUUAUAAAAUCUUGAAUAUCUUAAUAUACAAUUUAGUAAAACUAGAGUGACAUAAGCAGAUAAUUUAUUCUAGAAAAUUGGAUACUUGACAGCCUUAAAAUCAUUAUCACUUAAUUUUAAAGAUACUAAUAUUAGUAGUCUUUCAUUACAUAGAAUUUUGGAUACUAUAUAAAAGAUUGAACAUUUAAGAAUAUCUGCUAAUAAAAAUUUUGAUUAAAGUGUACUUGAUGCUAUACCUUAAUAAUAAUAAAUGAAAAGUUUAAUUUUGGAUUUGAAUGAUACAAAUAUCAAUUCAGUCAAUAAAUUAAUGGAUUAAAUAGGAGAUUUAAAACUUAUGCGAUUUUUAUAAAUACUUAUUUCGAAUACAUAAGUAGAAGAAUUGAAUUGCAGUAAUUUGAGUAAAUUAUAAAAUUUAAGAACCUUAUAAAUUGAUAUUUCGUAUUUUAAAUAUAUUAUAAAUUUUUAGUUAAACUCCUAUGUAGAAGAUUAUUGGUUUAGAAGAAGAGUUAGGAAAGAUUAAAUUUUUAAAUUAAUUUAUAUUUGAUGCAAUUGAUACAAAAUUCCACAAUAAUGAAUAUUAGGAUAAGAUUAAAUAAGAAUUGAAAAAAUUAUAAUAUUUGAAAGAGUUUCAUUUAUGA